AUGUCGGAGCUGCUGGACUUUCUAAAUAAAGCAAAAGCAACAAAUGAAACAAUUUCUGCUCUUGUAGAGUGUGUGUCAAUCGCAGAUGCUCUCAAGAAAAAAGCCAGGCACACAGAAGAAGAAAAGCUACACCAAAUAUGCGAGGCAAUGGAGAAUCUGUACAAGGACUUUAAAAAAAGAACAAGCGCAAUAAAGCAGGACUUAAACAAAAUGAAAGAAGAAAACAAUAGGCACUUAGACAGGUACGGGUUUGACAGAAGUUUUGCCACUAGAAACAGUUUUAUGCAGAAUCUUUUGAGAAGGCUUAGCCUAGUUAUACAGGACUUUGGCAGAGUCCAGGGAGGCUUUGCCACCAACCAAAAAGAAAGGCUAAAGGAGCAAUACUUAAUUGCCAAUCCAGAUGCAACAGCCACAGAACUGAAUCACUUAGAAGAAAAAGAGAAAGGAAAAUUGAUUCUUCAGUCUGCAUUCACCCUAGGAAAUAAAACAGCAAAGGAGGCACUUCUUUUAGCAGAAAAAAGAAGAACUUCAUUAGAAAUACUCUUAGAGGGGAUAACAGAUCUAAAAGACCUAGCAGAUGACUUCUCGGCUAUUAUAAGAAAUGAUACAUGCGAAAUGGAUAAAAUUCACAUGGGGGUUAAUUAUGCAAAUGUGCAGACAGGCACAGCACACAAAUUAAUUAACAAAACAACAAAAAGAAAAAUAAGACUUUUCAAGGCGAAAAAAACCACAACUCUUCUGGGCAUCAUUAUUCUAUUUGUUAUUCUGUUUCUUCUUAUAUUCAAAAUAGCACACUAG